CAGAGCGCGCAGACCCCUACCCGCACCCCGCUGGCGGACGCGCCCUUUCUCUCCGAGCGAAAGGAGGACCUGCGCUUGUCACCGGCUCCUGGCGGGUGCAAAAAUAUACAAAACUUCAUAAUCAGCUCAAGACUACAUAGAGCAAACAUGAAUGAUAUUUCCCAAAAAGCUGAGAUUCUGCUUUCUUCAUCUAAACCUAUCCCAAAAACCUAUGUGCCAAAACUUGGCAAGGGUGAUGUAAAGGAUAAGUUUGAAGCCAUGCAGAGAGCCAGGGAAGAAAGAAAUCAAAGGAGAUCUAGAGACGAAAAACAAAGAAGAAAAGAACAAUAUAUUAGAGAGAGAGAAUGGAACAGGAGAAAGCAGGAGAUUAAAGAAAUGCUUGCUUCUGAUGAUGAGGAAUCAGUGUCUUCUAAGGUAGAAAAGGCUUAUGUCCCAAAGCUAAUAGGAACUGUUAAAGGUAAAUUUGCUGAAAUGGAGAAACAAAGACAAGAGGAACAAAGGAAGAGAACUGAGGAGGAACGAAAACGCAGAAUUGAGCAGGAUAUGCUAGAAAAGAGGAAAAUUGAGCGUGAAUUAGCAAAAAGGGCUGAGCAGAUUGAGGACAUAAACAAUACGGGAACUGAAUCAGCAUCAGAGGAAGGAGAUGAUUCACUACUUAUAACAGUAGUACCUGUCAAAUCAUACAAAGCAUCUGGAAAAAUGAAAAAGAAUUUUGAGGAUCUAGAAAAAGAACGAGAAGAGAAAGACAGGAUCAAGCAUGAAGAAGAUAAAAGAAUAAGAUAUGAAGAACAACUACGAUCUCUCAAAGAAGCAAAGUGUCUUUCAUUGGUCAUGGAUGAUGAAAUGGAAAGUGAGGCAAAAAAAGAAUCACUUUCUCCUGGAAAACUGAAACUAACUUUUGAAGAAUUGGAGCGACAAAGACAAGAAAACCGAAAGAAGCAAGCUGAAGAGGAAGCAAGACAACGUUUAGAAGAAGAGAAGCGUGCUUUUGAAGAAGCAAGGCGGCAAAUGGUAGUAGAUGAUGACUCCCCAGAGAUGUAUAAAACAAUUUCUCAAGAAUCUCUUACACCGGGAAAACUGGAAAUUAAUUUUGAAGAAUUAUUAAAACAAAAAAUGGAAGAAGAAAAACGACGAACAGAGGAGGAACGGAAGCAUAAACUAGAAAUGGAGAAACAGGAGUUUGAACAACUGAGACAAGAAAUGGGAGAGCAAGAGGAAGAAAGUGAAACCUUUGGAUUGAGCAAAGAAUAUGAAGAAUUAAUCAAAUUAAAAAGGAGCGGCUCUAUUCAGGCUAAAAAUCUAAAAAGCAAGUUUGAAAAAAUUGGACAGUUGUCUGAAAAAGAAAUACAGAAAAAGAUAGAGGAAGAACGAGCAAGAAGGAGAGCAAUUGACCUUGAAAUUAAAGAGCGAGAAGCAGAAAACUUUCAUGAGGAAGAAGAUGUUGAUAUCAAGCCUGCAAAAAAAAGUGAGGCCCCGUUUACUCAUAAAGUGAAUAUGAAAGCUAGAUUUGAACAAAUGGCUAAGGCAAGAGAAGAAGAAGAACAAAGAAGAAUUGAAGAACAAAAGUUACUACGCAUGCAAUUUGAACAAAGAGAAAUUGAUGCAGCACUACAAAAGAAAAGAGAAGAGGAUGAGGAAGAAGAGGGUAGCAUCAUGAAUGGCUCCACUACUGAAGAUGAAGAACCAACCAGAUUAGGAGCUCCAUGGUUCAAGAAGCCUCUUAAAAACACAUCUGUUGUAGACAGUGAGCCAGUUAGGUUUACUGUUAAAGUAACAGGAGAACCCAAACCAGAAGUGACAUGGUGGUUUGAAGGAGAAAUACUGCAGGAUGGAGAAGACUACCAAUAUAUUGAAAGGGGAGAAACUUACUGCCUUUACUUACCAGAAACUUUCCCAGAAGAUGGAGGAGAGUAUAUGUGUAAAGCAGUCAACAAUAAAGGCUCUGCAGCUAGUACCUGUAUUCUUACCAUUGAAAGUAAGAACUGA